UUUUGUGCGUCUCAUAUGGCGUCGUGCAAAGCAAGCGCUGCUGGGGCAUUCUGGGAUACUGGCGGACUCAUUCAACAGUCUGUGAUGGCGACCAACAUCGAGGAUAUUUUCAGGGAUUUCGUCGUGAAUAAAAUGAAAGAAAUCGCAGAUGAAACUGAAGAUAACAGUCGGAUAGAUGAGCCUCAUUCUGAACCUGCCGCAGAGUCCAGACAGGAUGGACUUGAAACCGAACAAGUGAACACACCAACAGCUGCAGAUAAAGAGACGUGCAAUGACCUCCAGGAUGACUGCGGUAUAGAGGCCAACAGCACCAAACACAGAAAAAACAAGAAGCACAAAAAACACAAAAGUAAAAAGAAGAAAAAACGCAAGGAAGAAAAAGAAUGCGGCACAGAGGCGCAGUCCGAGACUCAAGACAGUGGAAAGAAAAAGAAGAAGAGAAAGAAAAAGAAAAAAUCCAAAGAGGCUGAUAAAGCGAAACGGUCUGGCUCACGUUCAAACUCUUCUGCAUCUGGGUCAGAAUCUGAGUCUGAAUCAAAAAAAAAUGCAAAGUUGUCAUCAGCAGAUAAGACCUCCAAGUCAGAGCUCAAGAUUGCAGCUGGUCUGGGUACAUCUCCAUUACCUGACAUUUUUCCCGGGAUGGAGAAUUCCGUCCACACCAGCACCAAAGACAAGAAAAGAAGCUCCAGCAGGUCAUCCAAAAGAGAGCAGAGCUCCACAGGAAAACAGACCAGAUCAAGAUCACCCAGACAGAAGUCAAGACACAGAUCAAGAUCCAGAUCUUCCAAACGGCAUGGGCGAUCAACAUCCCGCUCUAGAAAUAGUCCAAGAAAGAGAAAUCAUCAACAGAGAGAGAAAAGUAGAUCGCCCUCUUGGAGAAGGAACAAUCGAUCCAGAUCUCACUCGGUAAGAAGACGCAGGUAUUCACGAUCGAGGUCGUGUUCUAGGCGAAGUCGAUCAAGGUCUGGUUUAACCUCGAGAAAGAACAUAAGGUCCGCAUCAAAGUCUAGGUCUCAUUCCAGGAUCAGGUCUCGAAGUAGAUCUAAACAUUCAAAAUCAAGAUCUAAUUCUGUUUUAAAAGACAAGCAGAAGGAAAUUGAUCUAGUUGAGAAUAAGACAGUUGAAACAGUGGAUAAUAGUGAAUCUUCUGCAAUGCAAACAGAUGUUUCUCAAAAAACAACUGAGAAUGGAAAAAGCCCUACAGUGGACAUGAACAUAGACACCAAGCUGCCAGAGACAAUUGUAAUUUCCUCUCUAAAAGCGCCCGUUGUCACAGGAUCUUGGCGUCCUAUUCCCUUCUUGGGAGAGUCAUCUGAAAACCAAUUUUCCCAGAAGUGCAUUACACCUGAGGUGCCUUUGGAAGCGAUCAAAGAACCUGCAGACACUUCAACGGAUAUACCUAAAGAUUCAGAGUGUGUCUUAAACCCUGAAGAGAAAGAAACUCCUGCAAGUUUAAAACCAGAAAUACAGCCUUCCACAGAGAUUGAUUCAAAGUCACAAUCCAAAUCUCCCAGUCAACAACGAUGCUCGAAAUCCAAAUUACCUGAAAGAUCCAGAUCAAAGUCAAGACAAAAAAAAUCCAGGUCGUCCUCACGGAACGAUGACAAAAAAGAUGACAAAAAGUCAAAGUCUAGAUCACCCUCAGAAAAAAAGAAAUACAAGUCCAAAGCAAAGCACAAACGUUCAAAAUCUAAAUCGCCCAAGAGGUCCCGGUCUCGAUCGCCCAGCCGACGGAAGAGGUCCAGAACUCCGGACAGAAGCAGACGGUCUAAAUCGAGGCGGAGGUCACGCUCGCGUUCAAAGAGGAGGUCUCGGUCCGGCUCACGCUGGAGGAGAGGUUUUGGGAGUCGAUCGUUAAAUCAAAGGGACAGAUGGAAGCGAGAACCCAGCCGCUCUCCGGUUCUCAUCCUCAGGAAGAAAAGAUCAACAUCAAGGACUCGCCGUAGCACCAGCAAGACACCUCCGCGGCUUACAGAGCUCGAUAAGGAACAGCUGUUAGAAAUCGCUAAGGCUAACGCGGCAGCUAUGUGUGCCAAGGCAGGGGUGCCCAUCCCAGAGAGCCUCAGACCUAAAAAUAUUCUCCAACUACCUUUGUCAAACCCAAAUUCUUUGUCUUGUUCCCUCGCUUUGGGAGUCCCGUUGAUGACGAUGAACGUUGCCAUGGCUAGCAUGACUGCGGCCACCAUGACUGCUGCUUUGUCCAGUAUUGGCGCCCUGGCGUCCAUGCCACAGUUUGCCCCGUUACCAACAAUCGUCAACAAGCCCCCCUCUUCAUCCACAUCCAACCUAGCCAGUAUUGAGGAGGCCAAACGGAAAGUAACAAAACAGGCUAACAACUUUAGCAUUAAAGAGCUAACAGAGAGAUGUAAGAAGAUCACUGAGAGUAAGGAGGAGAUGGCCAUUGCGAAACCACACGUGUCCGAUGAUGAGGACGAUGAGCAGACGUUUGGGGCAGGAGCACUUAAGGAGACUAAGGGCAUUGCUUUCAGUAUUGGUAAUACCUCUGUGAAAGCAGGCGUCCGAACCGAAGCCACAUUUGCUAAGGAGUUUCCAGUGUCCUCAGGCUCCCAGCACAGGAAAGAGGCCGAUGGUGCUUACGGGGAAUGGGUGCCGGUCGAAAAAAAGAAGACGGAAAAACCUUCUGCCUCAGGUUCAGCUGGGACUGAGGAAUCCAGCAAGGAGAAUGAUAGCGUCUUUCCUGAAGCACCUUCUCAACCAGUGGACAUCACGGUGGCUGUCAGCGACCGUGCAGUUGCUCAGAAGAGACUGGCAGAGAAUCCUUUCGACAUCAAUGCUAUGUGUAUGCUCAACCGGGCUCAGGAGCAAGUGGACGCAUGGGCCCAGUCCAACACAAUUCCAGGGCUCUUCACAGGCUCAACAGGUGCUCAGGUGCUGUCAUCUGAAGAGCUGUCUAACAGUGGCCUACAGGCUUGGAUCAAGAAGGAUCAGUUCCUGCGGGCAGCGCCCGUCUCAGGCGGGAUGGGCGAGUUUCUCAUGAGGAAGAUGGGAUGGCGUGCAGGGGAAGGUUUGGGGAAGCACAGGGAAGGCACGGUGGAGCCCAUCAUCAUAGAUUUCAAAACAGACCGCAAGGGUCUUGUAGCAGAAGGAGAAAAAACUCAGAAGUCUGGUAACCUUGUGGUGAUGAAGGAUCUUCUAGGAAAGCAUCCAGUGUCUGCUUUAAUGGAGAUGUGCAAUAAGAAGAAGUGGGCACAGCCAGAGUUUAUCAUGGUGCACCACAGCGGACCAGACCAUCGCAAGAACUUUCUCUUUAAGGUGGUAGUUAAUGGAAACGAUUAUCAGCCACAGACUGCCAGUCCUAAUAAAAAACAUGCCAAGGCGAUGGCCGCCACUGUCGCCCUGCAGGCCAUGGGAGAGGUCGCUGGUGAGGGCGUUCACACAGGACCCGUGUUUACUGCAGCUACGACCGUCUGAUAUCAGAUCACAACAUGGCCUCAUAGACUGACAAUAGUUUUAAUUCCACACAUUGGUGGUAAACACCGUAUUAUCUUAGUAAAUAUUUUUAGGGUUCUUUUCUUUUCCGAAAACUUUGUUUCAGUAAACUGUGAAGGCUUCUGCAUGCCAGUUGAGAUGAGCAUGUACAUCAGUAAUAAUAAAAUGUAGUUUGGAUUCCGGAUGUGUCAUAUUUUGAUAUUUAACUGAACUUUAAACUCAGUUGUUUUAGACUGUGUGGAUGUUUUUGUUUCUGCUGUGUCUGUUCUUGAUAAUGUUUUUAUUUAAUGAUGACGCAUUAAGUCCUCGCAUUUUAAUUGGUUUUGUUUACAGUCGGACCAGCCGAAGCUCAUGACAUCUAGUAAGGAAAGUUUGUUUUUGUGUUUGAAACACAAUAAAUGGAAAAUCUGAGCGAACACUCA